CGGGGAUGCGGCCACUUGCUGCGGCUGCCAAAUUGGCUUGCUCCGUAAAUAAUUCUGCGCUUCCAGGUGUGGCCGGGUUCACGCGCGAAGUUCCAUCUAGCAUUUCAGAUUGGUCCGCAAGGCCUUACUGCCACGUUAGUCCCUUCUCCUGUGUUCAUGACCCAUCCGUUGUUAUUCCUACUUUAUUUCAGCGCGAAUGUGAGGGCAAUGGAGGUCUGAAACUAGCGACAUGCGGUGCUGCGAUUGAUUCUCCAUGUACUGUAUUUAGUACGAUCCCAUUCCACCCAAGUUGAUAUUUGAUCGUGAUAUGAUGCCAGGCUUCCAUCAUAGCCAUGCCCACAUUGUCUCUUCAGACCAAUAGAGUUUCCGCUUUUCGUAGCAUGCCUCCCCGACACCUCAAACCGUCGAUAUCUUCGUACUUUGUCUUCGCUUAUCCUCUGCGGGCCCCUGAACCUGCCAGGUGGUUGUUCCAUGUGGUCGUCUUCGUGGCCUCCUAUGAAAGAGUAUCCCCGCGGAUACCUGUCACAUCCCGGUUGAAUGGGCCAAGACGCAUUUUCCAACCAACAACUCAUGGCCCGGGGGCUCAGAAUCCCACUAUCAACAACGCCAGCGGCCUCAUGGGCCAAGGAAGGCCGGGCACUAGGAGUCGAUUUGGCCCCAAGUAGUCCUCGCGGUCGUGCAACGAAGCAGUUGGUGGUUGCACAGAAAACACCCUUGGCCGCGAGGCGGG